AUGGACGAUGACGAUGAUGUCGAAAAAUACAUUCAUCAUAUAAGUAACAUAAAAGAAACAAGUUUGAAUUUAAGCAAUCGUUCGUUACGUGCUGUUCCAUUUUCUGUUAGUUUAUGCACAUUCCUUCAAAAUCUCUAUUUGAAUAAUAACGAACUUAUCAUUCCACCUACCGAGCAAUUGUCACCAUUGACUAAUUUGGAAACACUUUCAUUGGAACAAAAUCAGUUAACGAUUUUACCCGAUACAUUAUGGAAUCUAACGUCACUAUUACGUUUAAAUCUUAGUCAUAAUCCACUUGGUCAAAUACCAGUACAAUUAGGUCAACUAAAAAAUCUUCAUGAAUUAUGGUUAACAAAUCUAAAUUUAUAUGAUUUACCAAUAAAUAUAUUUAUGAAUUUAAAUCAAUUAGAAAAAUUAUCAUUGAAAUCAAAUCAUUUACGACGAUUACCCACUGAUAUAGGACACUUAAUAGAACUUCGUUGGUUGAGUGUGGAAGAUAACGAAUUGAACGAUUUACCUGAUUGUUUACAAGAUUGUUUGAACUUAUCAUAUCUUAAUUUAAAUGGAAACAAUUUCAUUCAUAUUCCUUCGGUGAUUGGAAAAAUCUCAUCAUUAAAUGUUAUUUGUUUUCAACGAAAUGCUAUUGCAGAAAUAAACGACGAUACAUUAUUAAUGUUUUCGAAUAUGACCAAAGUUGAUCUAAGAGAAAAUCCCUUAGUAGAUAAACCACAACAUUGGAAAGGUUUAGAAUUUAUCAAAGUUGGCCGUUGUAUGGAUGUAAUUUCACUUGACGAUGAGAAUGAUGAAAAUCAUUCCGAAUCAUUAGGUUCUAGUCAUGAUGACAAUCUCGAGUAA